AAACAAAUUGUUGAGCUUUUAAAUAAUAAACAAAUUUCCACCCGUAAAAAGUCGCAAUUCUAUGACUAUCUGUGGAGCAUGAAAUAUUUGCCACGCUUCAAAUGGGUGCAUCUUACCGAGCGCAUGAACUACGAACAAGCCGUACAUAAACAACGUCUGAACACCGAAGUAUCGCAAGCGCGUAAAGAAACUACAUUCUUCCAGAAUAAUUUGGAUAAGAGUGAGUUUUUGAAGAAAAAGAGCAAGAAGGCGAGUAAGGGCAAGGAAUCGCAGGUGACGGAUGAGUGAUGUGAAAAAGAAAACAAUGGAAACUUUAAGUUUAUGCCUAAGAUAAUUCGGCAAAAAGAUAUUUAGUAUUUAAAUGUUAAAAGGUUGAAUCGAAAAAUGUUUUAUUUUUCAUAAGAACACUUUUAAAACGACCAUGAUAGGUAUUAAUUUGUUAUGUGAAGUGCUGGACGAAUUGAAGUUGGUAGUUGUCUACAAAUAAUGAUUUCCAAAAUUCGAUACAAUUCAACAUAAAACAAAUAAAGAGGACGGAAGUUCAAGCGAAACCGAGCUUUUUAUACCCGGCGCACAGUGUGUUGUUAAGAACAAGCUAGCUGGACAAAAUUACUUUUUCACGGAAUUGUAUUGUAUGGUGUAAGCGGGAGGACGGAUUUUGCUAAUCUCUCAGAUAUUGAUAAUUGUCCAAAAUGCUUUAUGUUAUUAUUUAUUAUUUAUUAGUCGAUAAUGCAUUUCCAUGGGAAGGCGGGAAAAAGGUCCCCCUGAAGCCAAUAUUGGACAGUUUGCUGCAUUUUACAUAUCGCACAUCUAGAUCUAAAGUGCGAUCAACUAAAAAAAAAAUUCGGAAGAUUUUUUUGCAUAAAUAAUUUCCUAGGACUUACCUC